AUUCAAUUAAUCACAAAGCGAUUCCCGUUCACAAAGGCAGCACUCAUCCGCUCCAGGCAGCCGUCCCAAGGAUUAUAACCCUCAAAAGCUCAAAAGUCGAGAUCCCCAGUGCUAACCAAAAUGUCCGCGAAAUUCGUAUGUGUUGUGCUGCUGGCCAGCCUUGUGUGCGGCUCCAUGGCCCUUCCCUCGCAGGACAACGGCGAGCGGGACCUGGUCAACAUGCUGAACCGCUUGGACGGCGAGGAGUCCGUCGCGCUCUUCGGCGGCCUGCGGAUCGACCGAGCGGAGACGGGUCGCAGCUUCGGGGCCGCCAAGGCCGUCGAGUCCUUCGAGGACCGCGCCGAGCGCUACCUGGAGACCCACGAGCUGAACCUCUCCUUCUCCGGCGAUGAGCAGGAGGAGAAUGCCGAGAACGAGUACACCGGACGCGCCAUGGAAGAGUCCCGCAGCAAGCGCAUGAAGAAGAUGCUGCUGCCCCUUCUCUUGGCCCUGAAGCUGAAGAAGGCCGUCGUUGUCAAGAUUAUGUUCACCAUCAUCAAGUUCAUCUCGCUGAAGGCUCUGGCCAUCUCCUUCCUGGCCCUCAUUCUGGCUGGUGCCACCUUCUUCAAGGAUCUGCUGGCCAAGAAGAAGGAACACAUCACCACCGCCUACAUCACCGGCAGCCCCCUGAACGCCGACAUCGUGCACUCCGACUGGAGCCGCAAUGGUCAGGCUGGAGCCGCCGAUCUGGCCUACAACCACUAUGGCCUGGCCCAGCCCUUCUAAGCCAGAAACCACCGACCGACCCAUCCAUACCACGCUACAACUAGCCUGAAUCUUUCACCUGCUAUAUCUUACCCUACCAAAGCUUCACCUUUCUUCAAUUCCCCUUCACUGCACCCUCAUUUCUUCAACCUAUCCCUCUUAGACUUCCCUGAAGAAUGGCCUAAUUCGUAGUCAAUAAUUAUUUAGUUACAUUUAGUUAGUUAGCUGCGUCAUACCAAAAAAGAAAAUCACAAAAAAAGAGAACAACUGAAACAGUCCCUCGACUUUUGGCUAGCUCAAGGACAAUGCUUACGGAUACUAAAGUCGAUCAUGAUUGCGCCAUAUUUAUUGCACAUUCCCACAAUCCACAUGUCUCUUGGCGGUUGUAAAUGUCACUCAGGUUCAUCGAAAACAACGAAUGUUAUGCCUGCCUAAGAGCUUACUUAAUAAGUAUUUAUUCAGAUAACUUAAAGCAAUUGAAUAAAAAUGAUUCAUCAAAUGCAAAA